AUGCCUCAUGCAACCAACGAGAAUGGUAUCGUCCCAAACGGCGUCAUCAGAAACAGCGUUGUCAACGGCGUUGUCGCGAAUGGCAUCGUUAGGAGCAGUAUCGCCGAGAACAGUUUCGCAAACAACGAUCACUCCCUCCAUCAAGUCCCUCCUACUCGCCCAAGCAGUCCUCUGGCCCCAAUAGUCCCCCUCCGUGACAUCGCUGAGGCCCCUUCCCGCAGCGAAGUGCCCCUCCCCGCUGCUGUCACGACUUCACAGGCACCCUUCUUUGCUGAGUCCCCAAGAGUCAAUGGCAAUCCGAAUGGAGUCACCGAUGGACCAGUUAGCAAUGCGCCUCCUGGUGUCUAUCUAAACCCCCACCGAGAGCACCUGGGUGAGCAUAGGCUCGCGCCAGCGUUCGGCAACGGUCUUAUUCCAUCUUCCUGCACUGACAAUGUCUACGCGCCUACCCCUUACAACUCGCCAGUUACUCCAACAACUCGCAGUCCAAGAUCUACUACUCGAUUAGGCGCACGUGAAUUUGGAGGCGGCCCUAAGAAAAAGAUCAAGUUUACAAUCAAGUCUAGAUCAAGGUCUGCGAAGGAUAGGCUGCUAAGUGAUCCAGAAACGGCGGUUGGACAAGGCAACUCACCUCUUUACGAUGAGGAUGUUCUGGCUAUUCUUGAUCACGACCAUGCCAAGCCGGUUCUCGCUAAUGUCCCCACUGAUGAGGGUACUUUGGGUGAUGUUCUGUACAGUCUCGCAUCGGAGGAACUGAAGCUAGCAGCCAACGACUUUAGGCAAGAUGGCAUCUCUGGACUCAACGACGGAGACUUCCUUGAUCAGGCUUACGAGGCUCAUGUUCGGAGAGGUCGCGGUGACUUCGAGGAUAUGCUGGAGACGAAGUUCAAUACCAAGUGGGCCACGGGGGAGUGUGCGAAUGGACACUAA